AUGGCGGAGCAGUACCGCGCGCUGCUGGAGAAGGCGUACGGGAAGUUUGCGCGGCUGCGCGAGCUGCCGCUGUACGGGCGGCAGCGGUGGGAGGCGCACUUCCACAAGGCCUUCAGCGUCUACUCGCGCCUCUGGCGCUUCCAGCAAGAGCACCGCGCGCGCCUCGUCGAGAUGGGCCUCAAGUACGUGCCGCGCCGCGCUGGCCGCCAUCGCGAUUCCGCCUCCCAUUCUCGCGAUUCCGCCUCCCAUUCUCGCGAUAAUCCUCGUUUCCGCCUGUGUCCGCGUCACAAUCCCUCCCUUCUCGUCUGCAUUACCCUCUCUGCCGUUUAUCGCGCCGCGAUUGGCGGGCAGGCGGUGGGAGAUCGGCGCGAGUAUUUCAGAGAGGCGGCGCGCAGCGAGGCGGCGGUGGCGCACAAGCAGCUGCGGUGGCUGGCGCGGUUCACAGUGGUGUGUGUGCUGCUGGGGCGGCGGGACAUGCUGCGCCACCUGCUCUGGCAGCUGCGCAUGGCCGUCGAUGACUACUCCCGCUCCUUCCAGGCAUCAGAUGCAGCGGAGUGGAAGGGCGUGGUGCACGAGGCGGUGCGCUUCCUGCGCGCCGACUGGCCGUCCGACUGCCCGCGCCCGCUGCGCUACAGCGUGCUGCUCGACCCGCCCCCCGGCGCCCUCCCCCCCGUCGCCGCCCUCAUGCUGCCCGCCGCCCCGCGCGCGCUCUCCCUGCAGGAGGUCGUUCUCACCAGCUUCUAUCCCCUCGAGGUCAAGCUGAGCGAGGUCACACUGGACGCCUUCCGCAUGCUACAGGCGGUGGAGUGGCUGCCCUCGGGUUUCUUCCUGCCCUCCAAGCAAGGCGGCGUCGCCACGCAGGGCUUCACCGCCACGGGCGGCGCGGGCGGCGGGGGCGGCGAGGGGCCGCGGCUGGUGGGUGGCGCGGAGGAGAACGUGGUGGAUCCGAGCCUGCCGCCCAACCCGCAUAAGUACGUGCUGCACCGCCCGUCCGUGCCGCACCUGCUCAUGGUGCUGGCAACGGCAGUGGAGGAGCUGCCUGCUGAUGCCGCCCUGCUGCUCUACCUCUCUGCUGCCGGCUCCCUCGCCCCCACUGCUGCCCCCGCCCUUGCCUCCUCCUCGCAAUCUCCUGCUGCCUCCACUGCUGCUGCCAGCAGUGCUGCCGUGGCGCCAGAGGCAGCUGCCGUGGGUGGCGCCCCUGCUGCAGCAGCAGCGACGGCAGAGGCAGCAGAGGGUGGCGCUGGUGGCAGCACAGAGGGCAGAGCGGACAGCAGCAGUGCGUGCAGUGGGGCCGUUGACUCUGAAGGCGGUGGCGGGGCGCAUGAGGGGGAGCAGGCACACGGGGGCGAGGGGGAUGGGGGCGUGGCGGGAGGGGGCGUGUGGGUGAGGGCGAGGGGGGAGGGCGAGGCGGCGAGCAUGUGCUGUCUGCUGCCGGCUGACAUCGUGCCCUUCACCCGCCGCCCACUCGUGCUCAUUGUCGACAGUGACAAUAGCGCUGCCUUCCAGGUGACGGACACUCAUUCAUCCACACGCUGUGCUGUGUACCGCGCGUGCCUGCUUGACUCACUCCAUUCUGCCCCACUGCCUGAUGUGAGAGCCAUGCUUGACCCAGUGCCUCCAUGCCUGCAUCGCCGCACUGCUCCCUGCGUGUGCACCCGUCCUUACUACUACCCCCCCCGCAUCUCCACUCCCCGUCCCCGUGCGCUCUGUCCUCGGAACUGCCAGUGGCUGGGUGGCAGGGAGCGAGGAGAGCCGUGCGCCAUGCUGCUCUCGCCCCGCCUGCAGCCCGACAUCAGCACCGCUCCCCGCCCCUCUCAACCUUCCUCCACCACUGCCACCACUCCUGCCGCAACCAAUGCUGGUGGCACCGUCCCUCCCUCCUCUCAAUCCGCCUCGGCUGUUGCUGACACGGCAGCAGAGCCUCCGGCUGCUGUCAAUACUGCCACUGCUUCUAUCCCCUCCACUGCACCGUCUGCUGCCCCCACGUCUGAACUCCCCUCCUCCUCCCCCACCUCCGCUGCAGCGCCCGCCGCCUCCCUCGCCACGGCCACGCACCUGGCGGGCGGCAAUCUCUUCACGCUCUUCCUCACCGCCCCUCUGCAGGCCUUCUGCCGCCUCACUGCCGUGCCCCUGCCCGACAUUCCCAAGGAGCAGUACAUGGGGUGGGAGAGGCAACUAGCAAUGCUGCUGUCGCAGUGGGGCACAUCGCUCGCUGCCUGCCCCACGCUGCCCCUGGCCUGGGCGCGCCUGCUGCUUGACCCCUUCCUGCGCCUCUUCCUCCUCAGGUUCAUCUUUGCACGUGCAGUGCUCUCACUGCAUGUCUCCUACGCCGCCCGCCCAGCCUUCCAUCCCCACUGCCACCCACCCCUGCCGCCCACAACCCUCCCCUGCCACCCCUCAAUCCUCUCCGCCGUCCGCCACCUCGCACAGCUUUGUGGUGUUGCCGCCCAGUUCCCGCCGCCCAACAGCACCGCCGGCCACUCCUCACUGCCGGAAAAGGGCGAGCGAUCUGAGGUGGUGGGUGGUGCUGCUGGUGUGGCUGAUGGUGAAGCAGUGGGGGCAGUGGGACGUUUUGAAGGAGGGGAGGGUGGGGAGAGAAGGGGCGGCAGUGGUGCAGAGUCAGGUGACAGCACUAUUACAGGCACAGGCACAGAGGGUGGGAGUAAUUGUGGGGAUGAGGGAGGGAGCGUUGUGAGUAUGGAAGAGAAGAGGCAGCGGUUUGCAGCGGGGAGGAGCGGAGGGGUGCCGGUGCUGGGCGGCUUGGGAUUUGAUUCUUUCAGACAAGACCUGCCGCUUGCGGGCGGCACUGCAGUGCAGCGAGGGGGCGAGGCAGAGGGCGAGUGGGAGCGCCCUGCUGUGGGGCGCGAGGGAUGA